UGUUUUCUCCUGUUUCCUAAAAGUUCAGAGUCAAAAUAAGUCCGACUGUAAUUUGCUUAUUUCUGGCGUAGCGAAUUCUCCGAGCGCCAUUAUGUGAUGAACAGAGUCAAUGUGGGCGGCUCUCCUACUAUAGUAUGGAAGGUCCGACUGAAACAAUGAUGAAUCUUCGUGUAGGACAGACAGUUGUGCGGGUGGCGGGGGGAGAUGAGGGGGUGGCAGUUGCUGGGGAGACGUCCCUUCGGGGACCCCCCUCACCCACGGGGCUCCCCUAUGCCUCAGACAAGCAUCCCAAGCUGGCGCUGGCAAACAUCAACAUGCUGCAGAAGAGGAGGGAGCUGUGUGACGUUGUGUUGAUUGUUGGCGCAAGGAAGAUUUUUGCUCACAGAGUAAUCUUAUCAGCAUGCAGCCCCUAUUUCCACGCCAUGUUCACCUCGGAACUCCUCGAAGCGAGACAAACAGAGGUGCCGAUCCGGGACAUAGACGAGCAUGCCGUAGACCUCCUAGUUAAUUUUUGCUACACUUCAGAGAUCACCAUAGAGGAAUCCAAUGUGCAGACCCUUCUCCCAGCAGCCUGCCUGCUUCAGAUGCAGGAGAUCCAGGAUGUGUGCUGUGAGUUCCUGAAACAGCAGUUGCACCCCUCAAACUGCCUGGGUAUCAGAGCCUUCGCCGACACCCAUUCCUGCCGUGACCUGCUGCGCAUUGCCGAUAAGUUCACCCAGCAUAAUUUCCAGGAGGUAAUGGAGAGUGAGGAGUUCAUGGAACUUCCCGUGAAUCAGCUAAUGGACAUCAUUUCAAGUGACGAGCUAAAUGUCAGAUCGGAGGAGCAAGUUUUUAGUGCUGUCAUGGCCUGGGUCAAAUAUAAUGUUACGGAGAGAAGACCUUAUCUGGCUCAGGUUCUUGAACAUGUCCGUCUACCUCUGCUUAGUCCAAAAUUCCUCGUGGGAACAGUUGGGUCUGAUCUUCUCAUAAAAAGUGAUGAAGCCUGCCGAGACCUAGUAGACGAGGCCAAGAACUACCUGUUGUUGCCCCAAGAACGCCCCUUGAUGCAGGGUCCACGCACCAGGCCACGAAAACCCAUCAAGACGGGGGAAGUCCUUUUUGCAGUGGGGGGCUGGUGUAGUGGUGAUGCAAUAGCAUCUGUGGAGCGGUUUGAGCCCACGACCUGUGAGUGGAGGAUGGUAGCCCCCAUGAGCAAGCGGAGAUGUGGGGUAGGCGUGGCAGUGCUUUCGGACUUGCUGUAUGCAGUGGGAGGGCAUGAUGGACAGUCCUACCUCAAUAGUGUAGAAAGAUAUGACCCUCAGACUAACCAAUGGCUGUGUGAAGUGGCACCUACUAGCACCUGCCGAACGAGUGUAGGCGUGGCAGUCUUAGAUGGAUACCUAUAUGCUGUAGGGGGACAGGAUGGGGUCUCCUGCCUCAAUGUAGUUGAGCGAUACGACCCACAAAGCAACCGCUGGACAAAGGUUGCAUCAAUGAAUACUCGACGCUUGGGAGUGGCUGUUGCUGUCCUUGGUGGCUUUCUUUAUGCUGUUGGGGGAUCUGAUGGCCAGAGUCCUCUUAAUACAGUGGAAAGAUAUGACCCCAAACUGAACAAGUGGGUAAUGAUGCCAGCCAUGAGCACACGCCGCAAACACCUAGGCUGCGCAGUAUACAAUAACAUGAUCUAUGCUGUGGGGGGAAGAGACGACUGCACAGAGCUCUCCAGUGCUGAGCGCUACAACCCGCACACCAAUCAGUGGAGUCCCAUUGUUGCCAUGACUUCUAGACGCAGUGGGGUUGGCUUAGCAGUAGUGAAUGGAAUGCUGUAUGCAGUGGGAGGCUUUGAUGGCACGACGUACCUGAAGACGAUUGAGGUGUAUGACCCAGACCAAAACCACUGGCGGCUGUGUGGGUCUAUGAACUACCGUCGGCUUGGGGGAGGCGUCGGCGUGGUCAAGCUACCACACAAUGAGGCUCAUCUCUGGUGAUUAAACGAAGGCCUAGAGUUCUGGCUGGGAGUCACUGUCAGCGGCAAGUUGGGAAUCGGGAAUAGCGGACUCUAAGUGGGGAAAACAUGUACUUGUGCCUGUGUGUCAGUGACCGCAGUGUGUUCAUUGCCUCAGAAAACAGGAGGCACUAUUCCCUGGGUGAGAGAUGGAAAAAAAUGGAAAGAUGUUGCAGGUUUUGAUGACUAUUAGAUGUGUUGUUCAAGAACUGAAUGUUGUAGUGUUCCUUUUUAGAUCAUUAUAACAUGCUCUGCCUUGCAUGAGAGUACUACAUACUCUAUGAUAGACUUUACAUGAUUGAUGUUCAACAAAUUGUGUGUUAUGUCAAUGUGUCAUUACCAUAGUUAUCAUCGAGCAGAGUAGAGCUUACUUGUUGGAACUUGGGGGUAGGGGGGAUAAAGGGUGGGGGACCAAUAGAGACUGACGGUAGAUGUGAAAGAAGACAGACUCCUCGUAGAAUGCUAGAAUUCUGGCUGUUCUUAAGAAAAAAGUCAAGAUAUAUAUAAAGAGAGAAGUAUAUAUAUAUAUAUACACACAUACUCUAUUUUAACAGAACUGUGUUAAUAUGGACCAGAUCUUCAUAUAUUGUGGACUGAGAGUUGGCCCACAAAGCAUUAACCUCAGAGCCAAACUAGAAGUCACAACAAAAUUACCAGCAUAAGUAGCUUUAAUCCUUGCUAUCGUGAAGGGUAGCAAGAUCCUAAUCACUUUUUGUGGUCAGUAGGAAACAAUUUCCAAGACUCUGCCAUAUUCACUGACCUAUAAAUACACUAGGCAAUGGAAAUCAUAAGGUUGUGUCCAUUUUCAUGUUUGGCACAAAAGAGAGAGUCACAGCAUUUAAUUCAGACAUCUCUUUUUUUUUUCUCUUUUUUUUCCUUUUUUUUUUUUUAGUCUUCUCAUUCUUCAUUGGAGAAAGAAGAUUUUGGUUUAUAUAUCCAAAUUGUAAAUUACAUUUCACUUGGUAGUUGCAAUUUUACUAAAUGUCAAUUUUCACAAGUAGAAUGCUAUACAUCGAUAGUAUAUGUUCUCACAGCUAAGGAAAAUUCUAAUGACAAUAUUGUGUGUUCAUGAAAUAAACAUUGUAGACUGCAUCAAGCUCCUUAUAGCUUUUUUGCAUUACCAAGCCAUGAGAUAUUGUAUUUUCUUAAAAAUAGAAUAAAAAACAGUUGCAGUUUUUUGAAGAGGUAUGGGACUGGCAUAGAUGAUUUUGUUGGAAUUUUAACAAGCUUGAUAUCGAAUAUAGUCAACUAAUUGUCUUAAAUACAUUAAAGAUAUUGGUGUUACAAAUGACAACCUCAUGAAGUCAUACUCACCUUUGUUUCUUCUAGUCUUUCAUUUUUUUUUGAUAUUUGCAUUAUAUUACCAUGCUAGCAGUAGAUAGGUGUACUAACACUACAUGUUAUCAUGUAUCAGUAUUAUAAUGAUGGUGAUGGUAACAGUAGCAUUGACAGCAUAACAUUAAUUGUGGCUUUGCUCUCAAUGAUGACACCAGUUUCCUUUCUUUCUCCUUUUUAUUGUCACCAUCAUAAUUGGCACUGAAGAUAAUUGAGAAAUGUUUAGGUUUUCAGACUUUUUAUUUAUUUAUUUAUUUAUCUAUCUUUUCCUAACUUCAUCUUAGAAAAGGAAGUAAAACAGGAAGGCAACUUUUGUCAAAUUAUGUAAAGCAUCAAUUGUCCCGAGUUAAGAUAAAGGUAAAUAUGAUUAUUGAUUUAUGGAUUAGUGUCUAGACACAGAUCAGCUGUUCUUGAUGUGUAUUUGAAAUUGUUGUAUAGCAUGUUUGAUUUUCUUAUCUUCAUUCUCUCCAUUCAAGCUGUGUGAAAGGCACAUAACCCAGUUUCAUGUUGCAGAAUCCAAGCAUGUUUGCUUUGCCAGUGCUUGAAGACUUUUUGAUAUAGGUUUAAGGAAUUUUUAUCCAAGGAAUCUCAAUGCUAGGCUGAUAUCCUCUUGUUAAGACAGAGUGCAAGCAUUAAUAUCCUACAAAAUUUGCCAGUAAGGGAGAAUAGUGUAAGUAAGGCAGGUAAAAGAUUUGCCCACAUUGCUUCAGCAUCAGCUCUGCUUGUAUCAUUUGCAUAAUGCAUCGAUUGGAAGACUCCUUUACUGAAAUCUGCUUCCUACCGUGACUGGAAUCAUUUUGUAAAUUCAUCCUUUGCCAUAUAUAGAUAUGAUAGAGUCAUAGUGGUGCUAUGUUCACUCUCAUCAACUUUAUACAUACCUCUCUCUAGGUGGCAGUGUGAUGGAGGGAAAGAAUUGGAAGACAUGACGAUAGAUUUUUCUUUUUAGCGUUUUCCCAGAAGUGAAAUCUGUACUAUUCUUUUUAAAUCACAUAGAAUUCUAUUUUGAUAACAAGUGUCCUGUUUUUUCUCUCAGUAAGUGCAGGAUUCUGUGUGCGGAUGAGGUGAAAGUGAGCCGGUGAACUUUGCUAGUUUUACUGUUCUGAGAGUGUUCCUCACACUCAGUUAAUAUUGCCACACACACAUAUAUAUAUAACAGAAGGAGUAGCAGUAUUGCUAAGAAGUUGUUUUUUGUAGGAAAUUUGGUGUAUUGUAUUUCAUGCCAUGAUAAAAGAAAGGGUUUACAACUGCAUAGGAAAAUCUUAUACACAUGUCAUUGGGCUAGUAUGCUAUUUCUUGAUCUAUAUCUUAUUCAAAAAUUUAACUCAAGCCAUUGUGCUCAAAUUAUUACAAGCAUUGCAUUGUAAAAUCUAGGAAGACAAGAAUUACAAGAAAAGGAGGGCAGGAUAGAUCAUCAUGCAGAAAUUUAAAUGUUUUCUCUUUGUGCAUAAUCCUAAGCGUGGGAUCUAACAUGAAAUCUAUGUGUCACUUUUGUCAGUGGUCUGUCGAUGUAAGAAGCCAGUGUAAUGUUGAUUUUUCUGUGUUAUGCUAAAAGUAUUUCAUCGCUUAGAAUGGGGCAUUGCUCACUUAUGAUUGAUGUGGUUAAAUGCAGCCUUUUGAACAUGGCAGUUUCUUAUUCUUUCUUUCUUUCUUUCUUUAAGGGCCACAAAAGUCACUAAAGCUUUAUAGAUCAUUUGUGUGAGUAUGUGUGUGUAAGUGUGUUCAUGAGUGUGUGAGUGUGUGUGUGUGUUGUGUGAAUCUGUGAGCAUUUAUAUUUAUAUGUAAAUAUGAAUAUAUAUAUAUGUUUUGAUUGUGAAUAUUUUCAUAUAAAUUCAAGAUAAGUGUUUUGUGUGAUGAACUGGUGAGUGUGAUGAAUUUUUGUUUCUAUAGUUUU